AUGACCUCAAACUCAUCCCUCUCCGGAUCGGGCACUGCGUAUUCUUCAGACAUGGAAGAAUCAAACUUUCUGAAACGCAAUCGUAUCAUUCACUUUACACGACUUGGUCUAUCUUUCUUGACUUUCGCCGUUGCUAUUGCUGUUGUCGCUUGCGAAGCCCCACCCUUGCGGCACUAUAAGAACACCUCCCAGUGGGCGAGUGUCGGUCUCGCACUGUGGCCUUUGAACUUCGACCUCCGUCCAACAACAGCCGCCAUCGCGUGCGGCUGUGUAAUCUCCGUCUUGAACUUGGUUUACAUCGCCGUUGCCCUCCUACCAUCUCCACAUUCGCGUAUUAAGCCACUCAACAUCUAUGCCUCGGCGUCAGCAGUCGCAGGCUUUGUAACCACCCUAGUUAGCAUCCUAUUCAUAAUCUACCUACCAUCCUCGGAUUACCCAGCAGGGUUCAGCAAGAACGAAACCCUCCACAGCUGGACCUGCAAGUGGAAAACCGGGACAGGCAGCACAACAGCACCUCGUCACUUUGAUCGUGACUGCAUCAAUACUCGUGCUGGGUUUGUGCUGCUGUGUGUGCUUGUUGGAAUGGAGGUUUUGAUGGGAUUCGUUGCUGCUGCUGGCACGUGGUUCCAGCGGGAUGUUGCUCGUCGUCGCGCAGAGCAGUCCCAACUCGAAAAGUUGGAGAUCGCUACUAAGCAGGCUUAUCACAAUUGA